AUGAUUCAUCAGAGCGAAUUCAUCAUCUCCAGCAACAACAGCAUCAACGACAACAUGUACAAUGCCAAGAAGGCCAAGUCUCCAGCUCAUCGGGUCAAGAAGAUGCUGAAGCCCCUGCUGAAGUUGCUGUCCCAAUCCCGGAGACCCAAACAUCUCGGCAAAUCCUGCCACAGUCACGACUUUGACUUCUGGUCUCCGUGUCCCAGCCAUGACAAUUCCGCCAAUGAAGAACUCGAAGCCAGGAUCUUCAGCGAAAUAGCCCAGUGUGCCGAUGAUGCUGCCGUGUAUGUCUACAAUCCCGAAGAUGGUGAAUGCCAACUACAGCCCGUGACCCGAGAUCAGCAAUUCGUGCCAGUUCACUUUGCACGUACCGAUGCUGGCACAUUCUUCUGGACCACCAUGGGCAAAGAGGUGGACUGUGACCUUAUUCAACCCACCUACUGCUGCUCCCACUUCCAGCAGCCCCAGCUUCAGCACGACAGAUGGGUCCAGGCCUAA